AUGGGCCCAUCGAAGAAAUCCCAGAGACGUGCUAAAGCACCAUUGCCAAUGAGGUCGCGCACGACAAGAUCCAAGGGGAGACCCAUAACAGAUCCAGAACAGAACACUCAGCUUCUUACGGAGCAACUUCGCUCGCAGGGUCUCUACGCUGCACAAACAGUGGGCGAUGGCAAUUGCCUAUUUCGGGCUCUUUGUGAUCAAUUCUAUGGUUCGCCGUCGCAGCACCUCCAGCUGCGCAAAGAUAUAUGCGACUGGAUCGAGAGCCAUGCGCAGCGCUAUCAGCCCUUUUGUGAGGAUGAGCGCGGACUAAGCGCCCAUUUGAGGUGCAUGCGAGAACAAGGCACUUAUGGCGGGCACCUUGAACUUUCUGCAUUUGCGCAUUUUGCGCGAAGGAAUGUCAAGGUUAUCCAGCCUGGAUUGGUAUAUGUCAUCGAGUGGAAGGCGGGCGCCGAGAACGAUGACCAGUCGUCAUCUCAAGAUAACGAGCGAGAUGCGCGGAGGAAGAGGAGGCAGCAGCAGCGCGAUGAAAUGAACGAAUCUCAGGAGUCAGAGGGGACGAUAUAUGUGGCAUAUCAUGACUGGGAACAUUUUUCUUCGAUACGAAACUUGAGAGGGCCGCACACUGGUCUUCCCGAGAUUUGCGAGCUACCCGCCGAUGCAGUACCGCCUGCCGCUUCGCCUGUCAAGAAGAAACUAGUCUCCCGGGGCAAAGCCAAAUCUGAUCCCAAGAAUUUUCCCAAGAAUAGUCCAAUCGACAGUAUUAGAUUGAAUCGUGAAAAUACACCACCAACACCUGCCCAUGUCCCACUCCCCAUAUCCCGCUCCCCCUCACCACUUUCUUCCACUGAUUCCUUGAGCAUUGAGGCGGACUCGUUCCUUCCCGUCCCCGGUCAGCCGACCGGCACCCAUCGGCCUUUCACGUCGAGCAUUAGAGCUCAUCGGUCACCUAAGCGUUCCUUCGACGAAUCGUCUGGAUCUCAAGUCAAGGCAGAUGAUGAUAUGGAUGACUCGACACCUGACCUCUCCACCCCUGGCUCCUCCGCAGAAUCCAGCCGUUCAUCAUCUGCUGUUUCAUCUCCGCUUCCUAGUACCCCUCCCGCAUGUAACACACCGCCUCCCGAAACCCAGAAACCCCUUACUCGACGCCAGCGUAAGGCUCUCGGGCUUCCAAAGUCACGCACUGCGUAUAUGAGCGCAGGAAAGAUUGUCAUUCCUGGCGGGAAAUUCAAGAAAGCUUCCAAAGCGGCUGAUGAGGAAUGGCAGACGAAUGGCACCGGGCGGCUUGACGUGCGCGGAUUCCGCGAGCUCAAGAUCUAGCCUUUACGCAUCAUCAAAGUCCCCACCACGAAUCUGCACGCAUAUUUUUACGCCCCUUCAUCUAGAACAUUGGUCAUAUCCACGCAGUGAUACCCAACAUAUAUCAUAAUUUGCAUUCUCAUCAUUCACUCCCCCAUCCACGAAUAUGUUUACGGCAGUUCUGGUGACCUGGUGCGGCGUCAUUUCUGUGUUACUGUGUCGCGUACGAGCACUUGGAGACUUCAUAGAAGUUCGGACAUCUGCACCGCUGUAUUUUAGCGAAUCGCAUAUGUAAGCGGAGUGUUAUUAUGACGCUUACAGUCACUUGCGUAUUCAUGUACU